AUGGGUAGAAGGAAUAUCACACAGGUGUCUGACUUCAUCCUCAUGGGACUGACAGAUUCUGAAGAGCUCCAGCUGGUCCUCUUUAUGCUGUUUCUCCUCAUCUACCUGAUCACUGUGCUUGGGAAUGCAUGCAUGAUGCUGAUCAUCCGCCUGCAUCUCCAGCUUCACACCCCCAUGUAUUUUUUCCUCAGUCACCUGUCAUUUCUUGACCUCAGUUACUCAACUGUCAUCACCCCUAGAACCUUAGAAAACUUACUGAUGUCCACUAAGUAUAUUUCAUACCUGAACUGCUUCACCCAAAUGAAUUGCUUUGUCUUCUUGGGUGGCACUGAAUGCUCUCUUCUCUCCUCAAUGGCCUAUGAUCGCUAUGUAGCUAUCUGCAACCCUCUGCAUUACCCAGUUGUUAUGUCCACAAGACGCUGCUGCUCCCUAGUCUUGGGAUCCUAUUUGGUUGGCUUUAUGAACUCCUUUGUCAGUGCGCUUUCCAUGAGCAGAUUGCAUUUCUGUGACUCCAAUAUAAUCUAUCACUUUUUCUGUGACCUGCCCCCAAUUUUAACCCUGUCCUGCACGGACACACAUGACAUUGAAAUCAUAAUAUUCUUUUGUGCUGGCUCAACCCUAAUCCUAUCUCUUAUCACAGUAUCUGUGUCCUAUGUUUCCAUUCUGUCUACUAUCCUGAAAAUUACUUCCAAUUCAGGGAAGCAAAAAGCCUUCUCUACUUGUGCCUCCCAUCUCCUGGGAGUCAGUAUCUUUUACGGGACUAUGAUUUUUACUUACUUAAAACCAAGUAAGUCCUACUCCUUGGGAAAGGAUCAAAUAGCUUCUGUUUUUUAUACUAUUGUCAUCCCCAUGGUGAAUCCACUCAUAUACAGUCUUAGAAACAAAGAAGUAAAAAAUGCUCUCAUUAGAGUCAUGCAGAAUAGAAAAGCCUCCAAGCAAUUCAAAUAA